AUGUCCGACUCGGUCCAUCUCUCUCGCUUCCCAAUCUCCUCCAUACGUCCAGAUGGUCCUCAAAACACUCCCUCAGUACCACCACAUACUCCCCCAAAGCCAGUCUUUCCGCGGUAUGACCCUCUUCAUGUCCUCUGCCGUGAACCCACCCCACCUCCACCCACAAAGCAGUCUUUUGAAUCGAUUGUGCACACGCUACAGGUGGCACCCGGUAUCCUAGCCAAUGGCGUCCUUACUGUGAUGCUUCCUGCUGUCCGCGAGUUUCUCAGCGCUGCUGCCAGAGCCCCACCUGCAGCGCCUGAACUCCCGAGCGACACCAGGGUAUUAGCGCUUGCUGCCCUUGCCGUCUUCUACCGUCCGCUGCACCCUGCACAUUGGGUGUUUUGGAACAAGGAGCAGAAGAAGAGGACUGCAGCAGUUGUGCAGAGUGUACUCGAUACCACUCCCACUCCCAUCAUCUCGCCCAUCGGCUGGAUAGCCACCCAAGACAACCUAUGGAUUCUUGGUUCCCUGCAACACGCUUAUUCUAGUGCGCUCUCUUCCCAACCUUGGUACACCGCCUACGUACCCUCUGAAAGUGAAACCCGUAUGAGUCUCCGCAAGCGCAAACCCACCUUGUUGCAAGAACAAGCCCUCGAAGAUGAUGAUGACGAACUCCUCGCGCUUCCUCCACCCAGGAAGCGCGCAAAGACGCGCAGGACUGCCACAGCUGCCAGGAGUCCGAGGAAACCGGAAGAAUCCUCCCUUCCUGACAAGGCGGAGCCAGAGGAGGUGCCUGAUGAAGUCGAAGCAGGCAACGCACUACUGGAACCGGAAAUGGAUAUAAUGCUAACGCGCGCGGCGAAGCGCGAGCUCAUCGAAGCGCCCGUGCUAGCACAGGAAGCGGAGAAAUCUGUCUCACCGGAGCCGCGUAGGAGCCAGCGGAAGAAAGGCGACUCGCCGGCGUCUUCGGCGACCACUCUCACGCGCACCCACUCGCGGGAGUUGUCGAUGGAGUCUGUGGAGGGAGCUGAAAGUGCCGGAAGUAGCACUGUUUGCGAGGAGGAGCCAGACAAGGAGAAAGAAAAGAAGGGUCGUGUGGACAAGGCCGUUAAGCGUCUUGACAAGAACGAGGAGGAGGGAGAUGACGAGGAAAUAGAGGAGAAGAAACCUGCUCCCGCCAAGAGACCUCGCGCUUCAGCUUCUCGUGCGAAGCCGAGGUCUAGGGCCGCACCAAAGAAAACUACGAACACCAAUACCUCUCCUGAGGAAGACGCGGAGAACGCAGAUGAUACUCCUGCGCCUCCUGCGCCCAAGCCGAAGUCGCGCUCCCGCCCAAGGACGCGCAGGCGAUAG